GAGAAGGAAACGGCGCCUUUCCGGCCCUCGGAGUCGCCAUCACCAGAUAACCCCGGCUGGGCCUCGGCCGCCCACUUCCCCCCUCCCCCGCCCGCGCCGCGCCAGUAUAUUCACUCGCCGCGCUCUCCCUCCUCCGCCCUCAGACGCGCGCGCACGCAUAGGAGGAGCAGACCCCGCAAUGGCGCUGCAGCAAGGAUCGUCGCAUGGCUCCAAGGCCGCCGACGGAGCCGUCAUGGCGGCCAUGGAGACGGGCCGAGGAGUAGGGCGGCGGUCGACGGAGGCGGGGUGGGCGUGGUCGUGGGCGUGCUGCGCCGUGGCGGCGGGCGUGGCGGCGGUGGGGCUGGCGGGGGCCGGCGUCCUGGUGUGGUGGGCGGUGGUGUUCCACCCGGCGCGGGAGCAGCUCUGGAUGGUGCCCGUCGGCCUCGUCCUCCUCGGCACCCCGCUCGUCGCCUGGCUCUCCCUCUUCGCCUCCGGCGCGUGCCGCCGCCUCGGGACCAACCACCACCACCACCACCACCCGCCGCCGGCCGAGCGAUGAGACACGCACGAUCCCGUCUCGGCAGCUCCGUGGGCGCGCAUCGAUCAGUGUUUCAUUCGGUCCCGAUUCUUGAUCCUGGCUGUAAAUCAAACCUUCUUGCGUUUCUUUCGGUCGCGCUAGCAGCGGCAGCCAUGUUAGCAUAGCUUCUAGUAGUACUCUGUUGUUGGUGUUUCUUGUCGUUUAAGAUGAUCGGAAUGUAAGCAACAGUUGCCACUA